AAUCCCAAAUUUUUCUAUUUUCUUUUCCCCGCCAUUUGUUCCUCUCUCUUUAGGGCUAAAUUACAUCCCCAAAACCUAACCCCCAAUUCUCUCAUUUUUACUUCAAAUGAUUGUUUUAUAUAUAUCACAAAGCUGAAUUAUUCGGUUAAAUUGUUUCUAAGAUGUCGAUUCCGAGUAGCAGCGGGAGCGGGGGAGGGGUACCGAAGGGAAUAAGCUUAACUAAUACAGUCCACUGCGAAGUGGCUACAUGCUUGCCUCUACCGUGUCUCCCGGUGCUUUGUGGUGCGCUUGAUGAGGAUCUCCGGUUGUUCGAGCAGCAGAGCGGUUCGAGAACGUUUGCUAAUUCCAGUGAUGUUGCUGGAAAGAUUGCUGAUCUGCUCCGCAUCACUGACGUGUCUUAUUUGAAUCUCAAAAAUGAAGUAAGUGAUCAACUGUGUGGCUCCGUGGGGAAAUUUAACCUUUAUGACGAAGUUUUGAGAUGUGACCCUGUAGCAUUCGAGUAUAUUGCACCAGGUAAAAUGUUUCAUUGGGCUUGCCAGUUCUUUGUGUGUGUGUGUUUAUCAUGUCUCAACUUUGUACAUUUUUUGCUGACAUUGGAAGUUCUUUCUUUCUAAAAGAAUAUUCUUUUU